AUGUAUAUACCAAAGAUUACAGCCAAAGCAAAAUACGAAUCCAGCGGAGUUCUCAUAUUGGUACAAGCUUCUGGAGGAGGAAAUUAUUGGGGAGAAUAUGAGGGUGUAAAGAUCAAGGUUUACCUAAAAGGAUCACCAAGAGUAAUAAACGAUAAAACUUAUCUUAUAGUACAACAAAUGAAGAUGGAUUUCAGUGUUAAGGAUAUUAAAAUGGGAGUUGAUGGUAUACAUAAUGGAAACACUGUUUUACAAGCCGCUCUUAACUUAUUUAUCAACUCGAAUUCCCAAGAGUUGUUAAAGGAAAUGAAACCUCAUUUGAAGAAGAAAUUGUUGAUUCUCAUGAGAAAUUUUGCCGAUAAAGUAUUCUCACAAGUACCUUACCAAGCAUUUAUAGCCUAA